UACAUAUGCAAUAACAACAAUGUUUAAACACUUUCGUUUCAGCGAUCAACAGCUGACACUGAUCAUAUGAUCUCUCAGUUCCUCAACUCGGCGCAGGGAGAAUGCGGCAUGGUUGCUCUCUCGAAAACAUCUGUUCAAAUCGAUGUUUUGUAUUUCAGCUGAGAAAUGUCGCGCAAUACAUACGACAACAACAACACACCACCCCCAACGCCUGCUGCGGCGCCAUGGCGAAUGAAAUUCGACUAGAAACGAAAACAAAUGGAAACACAGAAAUAGAAAGAAAAACAUUUAAUGAAAUACAAGAAAUUAGUUGAAGAAGCAUAUAAACAAACAGUGGCUGUGUGUGUGUGAUUCUUAGAGAAAAUAAUUAUGCAUACAAUUUUAUUUUAGAAAAAACUUCUCUCUGUCAGUUUAGUGUCCAAGUGUAGACGAUCGCAUGUGGAACCACCAGUGAAAGUGAAUUGAGCACACAGUAAUUGUACGCUGGCACAAAGCAUAUUCUAUUCAUUGCUUAAAGACACUGCAAAUAGAACAAUUAUGAAAUCCGCCGCGAGCUUCGUGCUACUUUUGCUUUGCUUGUGCAUCUGCCUUAUCGACGGGCCGGAGCAAACGGACGCCGAGCCACUGUUUGGUGGCCCCGGUGCUGCUUGGCCAAUUCUGCGUCUAGUCGAGGAGGUGCCACGGGACUCGCUCACACCACAUAGGCGUGUGAAGCGUGUCAAGCGAGCUGGCUUUGAUCGCACUAUCGACCCGGGAUAUGAAUACCAAAACGACACCGAGCGCGGUAAGGAACGCUUUCCUGUGUGGGACGAUGCGAAGGGAGAGCCACUAGUGAAUUCAUAAGUGUGCUUAAUAGUUGUAGGAAAGUAGUUGAGAGUUCAAGAUGGCGUAGGAAUCAUAUGUAUGUAUGUAUAUACCCUUAUCACAGAAUAUAGCUGUAUGAUAUGUUGGUCGAGGUAAAGUCCUAUAGAUGUAUAAAAUUAAGAAUCGUAUAUCGAAAGAUACACAUAGUGGUUAGUCCUCUUUAUGUCGACUUAAACAGUAUAACAUAGACAAUAGAUAUUACUAAUCAUUUAAUUUAUUGCAUUUUUUCCACUGAAAAUGAGCGACCGUUACCGCUUAAAGUUAUUAAAAUAUAUACUCAUAAACUUA